ACAUAGUUUACUCACAUUUUAAUAUCAUAGGCUUCAAGCUCUAGAGACGUUUCCUAGAAACCCGCGAUAUCAUAUAGCGGAAUGUAUAUGAGGACAAAACUCAUGAGAUCUGCUUCGAUACACAAUCGACAAGAGCUUGCGACUUAAGGACAUGGUAACUGUUUUAAAACCUACUAAAAAAUCUUGAAAAUCAUGGGUAAUUUCUACUGUGUGGAAAUUUUAUCGUUAUCCUAAUAAUAUUGUAAAUAUGCAAGUUUGGAUGCUUGUUACUCUUUCAUCACGUUUUUUGGAGUAUUUAAAUUCGUGACGAAGAUCCACGUAACUAAUCGAUAACUCAACAGCUGUCGCAUUUAUCGUGUACGUAUAUGCUACUUGCAUUAUAUUAUAUCGUUACAUCACGAAAUGAGUUUAAAAUCAUAAUACAUACCUAGUUCGAAUUAAUUAUUUAAAAAUGGGCUCUUUAGUUGAUGUUCUUGUACCUUUACCUACAUGUGUCUACACACUUGUGUAAACAUUUUGAUCUACAUUACAUUUUCAUCAAUACAUACAAUAUCAGUUGAUAUUACAAUCGUUUCCUUGCUUACUGAAAAUGUAUCCUUUAAUUAUAUGGAUAGUUAUAGUUAUCGGUAGCGAGUUGGGUGCAGCGCAAGAGUUCUAUGAAACCGAUGUAAAUUUUAGAGUAGAGGCGGGUACGACAACGUGUUUUUUCGAAAAGGGUGAAGCCGGUCAGACGAUGGAGUUGUAUUACCAAGUGCUGGACGGCCAACACGGGGACUUGGACAUAUCGGUCGACGUCACGGAUCCCACGGGAGCUUCUCUAGUGUCCGAUUACAAAAAAUCGCAAAACUCCAUUAUAAUGGAGUUGGCGCACGACGGCGACUACAUGUUUUGCUUGGACAACACUUACAGUAUAAUGAAUUCCAAACUAGUGUUCGUGUAUGUAGUCAUAGAGGACAGGGUAGGGUACAAAGACGAAGAAACGGUAGUGAGCACAGUGGACGGAGACGGAAAGGAACAUGUGGAGGAAGAAAUUCUAGAAUGGAUGGGGACUGACGAAGAGGGAAAGAACUAUACUAUAGCGGUGACGGUGAUAAUAGAGUCGAUGAAGCGCAUGCUCGGCCACGUGGUUCACGCACGCCGUAUGCUCGACAUGUACGCGGCGACUAAGUCCCGCGACAGCUACUCGGCGCUAGAAGAUACGUUCGUAGUAGAUUUGUGGUCGGCUUUCCAGAUUGUCUUCAUGACUUGUGUGGGAAUGUUACAGGUUUAUAUGAUAAAGAAGUUAUUUGACUCGCCUUGUCCUAUUGCAAAGUAUUAAAUUUCUUAUAUAAAAUUGACUUUAGUAUCAUUUUACAAAAAAAACUAAGGGGUUCUGAGAAGUAAAACUAUUACUGUGUACGUAAAACAUCAUAUUUAAGCAUGUCAUUGAUAAAAAAUUAUUAUCCAUCAAGCAUUUACUUUUAUUAUAUUGCAUCAAUGCCAAUUGCCAAGGUAUAUGCAGUAACCUUUGAACUAAAGCUAAAACUGUACAUUAAAUUACCUACACCACACAAUGGAAAAUAAACAUAUUUACUUAAGAAUGCUAUUUACUUAAGAAUGAUAACUCAUAACUACAUGAUAAUUUAUUCAUACCUAUAGCUAGUAGUUUUAGUUGUCUCACUGCCAAAAAUAUAAACCUAUAUUUAUAUACCUAACUUCAUUGAGUACUACUAACUUCAAAAAAAUUAAUUAUGCAACAAUUGUAAUGUUUUUGUUGAUAUCAUCAAAUAAUUUAAUUACUUGCUUUUUCAAGAUCCAAUCUCAUAGUUCAUGUUUUUGCAUAUAACACAAUUCUAUAAAUAAAUAUUAUUUUAAUGUUAGUCUGUCUGUCUUUUCAUUAUUUAUGCACUACAUACACAUCGUUCAUCUGAUGGACUUUUUAAUAUUAUUUUACUAAC